AUGCUAGUCUACAAGGGGAGUAAGGAAAAUGAGGAAGAGCAAAAGAAAUCACCGGUCAAAGAUUCCACCCCAGCCACUCUGCCGAUGCAGCCGAUGCAACUGCGAAGAAUACAGCGCCUGGAAAGUAACUACUGCGUCUGGACUCUGGAGCGCGCAUUAAUAUACGGCUCGACGUCGAGUUCCCUCCAGGGCGGCGGCCGCGGUCCCACAAUCGUGCUCGAGCCCCCUACGCUUGUGGAGUUUUCGAGCGAUGCGGGCGCGGUGCUUCCCUGUUCUGCACAUGGCCAACCACCGCCCAACAUUCGGUGGGAGAAAGAAGACGGGAGCUCCGCAAGCACGGUUCCCGGUCUUCGAGAAACUCGAUCGGACGGCUCCCUCGUUUUUCCGGCGUUCAGUGGAUCGCAUUUCCGACCGGAAGUGCACACGGCAACCUACCGCUGCGUCGCUUCCAACGCGCUCGGACUGGUCAAAAGUCGGCUCGCCCACGUCCGCGGGGUGGUGCUGGAGAAGUUUGUGGCCAGCGUGUACGACGUAUACGUGGUUCGUGGCAACUCAGCACUACUUCGCUGUCACGUGCCUCCCGCCGUCAGAGACUACAUUAAGGUGACAUCGUGGGUGCUCGACGACGGUGUCACAAUCGGGACGCUCGGAAACGAUGGCAAGUACUAA